CAAAUGUUCCCGAGGGUUGAGACUUGAGAGAGAACAGACACGCCUGUCUGUCAUGGCUAUUACAGAGGAAUAGCACUGUGGAGGGGGAGAGAGAGCUUCUGCAGCACUUCUCUCCGGUGGCGAUGCUGACGGGGCGAGAGAGCUUGAUCAGAUUGGUUGGCAAGCGCCGCCGUUUCCUUCCCAAUCGCGAAUCCCUCCUCUCCUCUCCUCCUCCGCCUCCUCUUCAUCCCCUCAAGAGCUGUCCCGAUUUAAUAAGCAAAGCGAAAGAUGUGGAGGAUGGGAUAGACGGAGAAGUUGUGUCUGGAGAGUUAUUGAAAAUAGCAUCGGUGACUUGUCCUGUUUGCGGUAAUCAAGUUCAUGGGGAAGAUUAUAUGAUCAACUCUCAUCUUGAUACAUGCUUAGCUAGAGGAACCAAAAGGAAAUUGGCACAGCGUACACUUCUACAGUUGAAUUUUACACCACUGCCGAAGGUUCAAGUUUGCCCUUAUGAGUCAGAACCAUCUAUUCCAAAUACUGAUUGCAGUUGCAGUCCUGAAGUUAGUGUUGUGCGAAAUUUGGUUCAUGGACCGCACAAUCUUGAUGAGGCUGAGAAAAGUGAGGGGGAAUUGGCAGUUUCUGGUGGCUCUGCUGAGGGUUUAAUCAAGAGUCCCACACCCCCUCUUUUAUCCAGUAAUGCAAUUUAUGCUGGUGCAAAUGUAAAUUUGGAUGUGGUUUCUGGGACAGUUCUUGAAACAUUUAUUGUGGGUCGUAAAUUCAGUGAGGAAAGGGAGCUACAGUCUGGGACAAAAGUUACACUUGUCAGAGAACCUGAUAAUGCCAAGGAUCCAAAUGCAGUGAAGGUUUUCUCCACAAAUUCUGGAUGUUCCAAAGUCCUCGGCUAUUUGCCCCGUCAGUUGGCCCAGUAUGUUUCUCCUCUACUGGAGAAGUGUUGCUAUAACUUUGAGGGAGGCAUUACUUCUAUUCCAGAACAUUAUCUUGAUGUUGUUCCCAUUCAAAUUAGUUGUCCUGAGAUGCUAGCAUAUUGUGAAAUCGAAGGUGGUGAUGCUCAGGAGAUCAAAUAUCUUUGGAGAAAUGCACUGCGAGAAGCUGAUGCCGCCAAGAAUAAUCCACCCAGUUCGACAAAAUACCAACAGAAUUUUCGUGUCAUAGUACAUGAGGUUCUCGCCAGCUCUCCUCACUUAUUCAGGGACAGUGAGAAACUGUUCAUUGAAUCAUUCAAGUCACUCUCCAAUGAUAGCCAGCGGCUUUUUAUCAGGAUUUAUUCUAGGAGAGGGCCAUGGUUUAGGAUGUCCAAGAUAUCCUAUCCAGAAAUAUCCAAUGUUCAACAAGCAGUCGACGAUCUCUCUGCAUCAGGAUACGUCAUUGCGUUGGAACCUUCAGGGGUUAAUACUGAUGACAUAGUGGGCGUUUUGAGAACACUUGCUGUCUUUGAGCUUUAUGAGAUUCUCCACUUAUUGAACAAGAACUGCAAACGUGGUUUGAGGAAACAGGAUGUUAUUUCAUUACUUAUAGCUUCAUAUGAAGAUGGAUCAAGCCCGCUGCUACCAAGUAUGAUUUUGGAGAAAGUGGGCCUAUGCAUCAGAAUAUCCUCAAAAGCUGAAUCCCUUUUCUGGCGUGCUGAGAGAAUAUUCUUCCUGAAUGGAGAACAGGAUCUUUCUUCCUUUCUUCUUGUUGAUUUAGGAAUUAUAAAGUACCCAAAAUACAAUUGCAUUAUUACCGAUCAAAUUUUCGUUGAUCGAGUUGAGCUGCUUGCUUAUGAGGAGGCCAUCGAAGUGGCCCAACUGAUAGACGAAGCCCUUGAGGAAAACGACAACGAGAAGGUGUUAAGAUGCAUUAGUAUAGCUGAUUCCCAAAUAGAUCUUCCUUCAUCAAGAGUAAUUGGAUCCUUAGCUUCAUCAUCAGCUGCUUUUCUUUUAAGCUUUACGGCAUCAUGGAUCUACUCCAAAGUGGUCUUGUUGGGUGUUUCUUUUCUUGAACGCGAACGUAGGUACAAUUAUGCGAUUAAUCUGUUAAGGCGACUGCUAGAUUGUUUUACAUGUGAUGGAAGAAGAGGAUUUUGGACUCUCCGGUUAUCCGUUGACUUGGGGCAUCUGGGCUAUCUUAAUGAGAGCCUUUCAGUUGCAGAGAAUGGGCUGCUGGAUCCAUGGAUUCGUGCUGGUUCGAGAAUGGCCCUACAAAAGCGGAUCCUUCGCCUGGCAAAACCACCGAGGCGGUGGAAAGUUCCACCAUUUUCAGAGUCUAUAAAUAGGAAGAUCAAGGAGGUUCAAGUGGUUGGGAGACCUUUAAACUGUGAAAUCGGCAAGAAAAACAGGUUUUACGGAGAAGACGGAGAGCAGUGUGGGGUGGAACAGCUCGCUCUGCAGCACUAUGCCUGUGAAGGCAGGGGAUGGUAUGGGGUUCACACGGAAAGUGGAAUUUGGUUGACUAUUUUUGGGCUCCUUAUGUGGGACGUUAUAUUUUCCGAUGUUCCAAAUGUCUUCUGCACCAGAUUUCAGACAGCUCCAUUGGACUUGGAGACUAGCAGCUUCUACCCUGCAAGGAAGACCCUCAUAGAAACCCAGCUCCAAAGGAUCCAUGAGGGAAUGGCCGAAGAAAUGCUCAUCACAUCAUGGGAAUCCAACUUCGGGACAUCUUGCAGGGGCAUCAACUGGGAAAGGCACUCCUUAUCUGAUCUCCGAGCAGCUGUUUCGUGUGUGGGAGGCCGGUGUUUGGCUUCACUAUGUCAAAACCUCUGCCAGGAUUAUAGGAGCUGGUCCAGUGGAAUGCCCGAUCUUCUGUUGUGGCGGUUCCACGGAGAGUACAAAGGCGAGGCAAAGCUUGUGGAAGUUAAGGGCCCGACGGAUCGACUAUCGGAGCAGCAACGGGCUUGGCUGCUGCUUCUGAUGGAUAUGGGGUUCAACGUAGAGGUCUGUAAAGUUAGCCCUCCAGCCAAAUGCUCCUGAAUAUUCUUUUCCUUUCAUUGCCUGGUCAGUAGAGCUGUUUCAAGCAUUCAAUUGAAGAAAGAUGAGGUUUAAGACGUGAAUCGGACAGCGGGUGGCGUCCAAUAUGUAUUUAUGGUGGAGCUUACAUUAGAUUUUCUUCUCCCCAUAAUAAAAUCGGAGGAUAGCAUUCAUGUUGAAUUUAUCGACGGUAAAAUGCUGUCCGCCAACCAGUACGAAAUCCUGUGUAGCAAAGCUUGUGGAGGGACUUUGGAGUUCUCGAGGGACCCUCCAGGACUAUGAAGUAUCCAAGGCACGGAGGAGCCUCCUCACGCGACUCUCGUAUCUACUGGAUAUGUCCUAUGACUUCGAGACGCACCCCCGACAUCACAAGCCCUCUGGACAUACUUUCCCUGAGAGAGAAUCAUAGUGUGCAGUGUCCCUGGAUUGUCAUGGUAAAAGAUGUGGAAUAUGCAACGCGAAAUGCUGCGAAAUUGUUAGAUUCAUCCUUCCUCUGGACCCGAUGCUUUCUUCACUUUGAUGCAUCUUUGGGCUUCCAUGAUUCUUCUGUUUUCACUGCGUUGCUUAUCACUUGAACCUGACGAACAGUGUCCAAAGAAAAGGUUCCACAGCCCAAUGCAUGAACACGUCUGCCUAAUUCAGUUUC